AUGGCCUGUAUGCGCGCGCAGCCUUACGUUCGGCCAACACCAACAUCUUUCUCUACCAUGAAGGCCCAGGCGAACCGAAAAGAUUCGGCGGAGGGCGCUCUGCCCCAGCCACAGGCACAGUUGGCCAAUUACACGCUUCCUGGGGUGAUCAGCUACUUGACGUCGGAGUUCACCAACUUGGAGCGGUUCAAAAUCGUCACCAACUUGGAGAAGCUGGAGAUGCGGAGCCGGAUCGACCAGUUGACGGCGGAGAUCAAUGCCUUGCGGUUCCUCAACGAGAAGCAGGCGCUCCGGAUCCGCGAGCUCGAGCAGGAGCGAAAGAAAAAGACGGAAACGAACGAGAAGAUAGAGACCGAGGAAGAGAAGGGAGAGAGCAAGGAAAACAAGGGUGAAAACAAGCAAAACAAGGCAGAAAACAAGGAAAACAAGGGGGAGAGCAACGAUAAAGAUAACAAGCGAGACAAACGCCAGAGCCACGGCAAACAGAACAACACCAAUGACGACGCGACCAAGACGACAGAAGGCCGCUUCGAUGUCGAGAACACAAGGGCUGGCGGCUAUCACAAAGACAGCGGUUUGGCUGCAAACAGCGCCAGCAGCACCAGCAACUCCAGUAGCGCCACCUUGAAUGGCAGCCAAAUCCCCGCCAUCGACUUGGACGUGCUUCGGCGCGCGCGCGACGGCCUCCACCGCCUGAUCCAGGAGGCCAUGUGCCUUCUCCGCCCGCCGGCGUCGGCCGCGCGCGACUACGUGCCCGAGGGCGACCUCGACGAUGUGCUUGCGCCGCGCCGCGCGUCGCCCGACUUCUUUGACCGCUACGCCUCGGGCGACGCCGACUUGCUCAACCUGCACCGCGACUCCGCUCUGUUUGUGGGCGCCGUGCCGCUCGACCUGGCGCCGCUGCUGCGCCGCGCUAGCACCACAAGCACCACUUCGGACGCCGCCACCGUCAUCGACUCGGGCGACGAUAUCGUCGACGCGCGCACUUCUGCGGCGGGUCUGCUCCCGCUUUCCGUUCUGGUGGCCACCACCGUGCCCCUCAGCGGGGAUCGUGUCUGUGCGCCCGUGCUGAAUCGCUUUGUCGUGGUGGGCGGUCUGUUGACAGCGUACACGGGCAGCACAGUCGUGGCCAGCGUGCCUGCGGACGGCGCAGAUAUGGUUGAGGCCUACCACGUGGGGGGCCAGUUUCUUGUUGUCGCCGCAAACGGCAUCUACCAGUACGCGGCCCAGACGGCGAAAACGUGUCUCCUCACGUUUGACUCGCGUGUGAGCGUGUGUGCCGUGGCGGAGCGGGACGAUUCGGCCCUCGUGGCCUGUGCCGGUGAAGAUUCGGAGGGCCGCCCGUUUGUGCACGUUGUCCAGGUCUCCGGAGGCUCUGCUCGCGUGACACUGCGAUACGACCAUGCUGCGCUCGGCUCGGCUGCUCCAGUGACGCAGCUAGGCUGGCACGAUGACGACGUUGUGGUUGUUCACUCGCAUCUCCUGGUGAUCCGCGCAGGCACUGCAGCGGCUCAGAAAGUGUUCGAUGGCCAUGUGGAUGCGGCAGACAUCAAGGCGGAUUUUGCCCUUCUCCGGCUCCAACGGUCAGUUGUGCUUUUUAACUUGGCGGAUUCGCGCGUGAUGGCCACUCAGCAUGCCGACAAUGCGGCCGCAUAUGGUCUUGUCGUCCGAGGACUGCCCUACGUGGUGUAUGUGGACAAAAAGGUUCAUGUGCUUGACAUGCACUUUGAUGAGGUGGCGGCGGGCGCAGCUGGAGGACGGCUCGUGUCUUGUGCCGGUGACUCGGUGCUUUUGAGCACGGGGCUGGAGCUCAGGGUGGUGGAUCUCGCAUGGAAAGGGCCCGUGUAA